AUGGCGGAGGGAGGCGAGGGAGAAGAGUUGCUGCGGCCGCCGCUGCCCUCGGCGGGCUCCCCGGGUCCUAAGCGCCUAUGCUCGCGGGUGGCGGCGCAGCCCCGCUCGGGGGGCUGCCCGGGGGGCCCCGUCGGGGCGGCGGCGGCCGAAGGCGCGGGGGGCGGCGGCGGGACGCGCUGCCUUCCCGGCGGCCCGGGGCCGGGACCCGGCUGCGGGCCGGAGGGGACGCUGCUACCCUUGCUGCAGCCCGAGUCUCUGCUGGACGCCGCGGCCAAGCGGGUGGCGGGCAGCUGGGCCUUCGAGCGGGUGGAGGGCCGCUUCCAGCGCAUCCCGGAGCCCGUGCAGCGCCGCAUCGUCUACUGGAGCUUCCCCCGCAGCGAGCGCCAGAUCUGCAUGUACUCCAGCUUCCAGCCCGGGCGCGGCGGGCCAGGCGGCGGGGCAGCCGCGGGCAACGGGACUGGCCUCGCAACUGGCGGAGAGGAGAACCCAGCCGCCCCCGGCCUGGCCGCCCCCUCGGGCACGCCCGGCACGGCCCCUCUGCCGGCCCCGGGAGCCCCGGCCGGCAGCGCCGUCACCGAGGGGCUCCCCUUCCGCCGAGGCAUCCGCCUGCUGGAGACGGGCGCUGUGGACAACGUACUUCAAGUGGGAUUCCACCUGAGUGGCACAGUAACUGAGCCUGCUACUGCAACAGAACCAGAAAUGACCUACAAAGUGGCCAUCAGCUUUGACCGGUGCAAAAUAACUUCCGUGACAUGUGGUUGUGGGAACAAGGACAUUUUUUACUGUGCUCAUGUUGUGGCACUCUCACUGUACAGGAUUCGCAAGCCUGAUAAGGUCAAACUCCGUCUUCCUAUCUCAGAGACCCUUUUUCAAAUGAACAGGGACCAGCUCCAAAAGUUUGUUCAGUAUUUGAUCACAGCCCACCACACAGAAGUACUCCCAACAGCCCAGAAGCUGGCUGAUGAAAUCCUGUCCUCCACCUCUGAAAUCAAUCAAGUGCAUGGUGCACCAGACCCCACCGCAGGGGCUAGCAUUGAUGAUGAGAAUUGCUGGCAUUUGGAUGAGGAACAAGUGCGAGAGCAGGUGAAGCUGUUCCUCUCCCAAGGAGGGUACUAUGGCUCUGGGAAGCAACUCAAUUCCAUGUUUGCUAAGGUCCGUGAAAUGUUACGCAUGAGAGAUUCCAAUGGAGCCCGGAUGCUGACGUUAAUAACUGAACAGUUUAUGGCAGACCCACGGCUUGCUCUCUGGAGGCAACAGGGAACAGGCAUGACAGAUAAAUGCCGGCAGCUGUGGGAUGAGCUGGGGGCUCUGUGGGUAUGUGUUGUGUUAAAUCCUCACUGCACUCUAGAAGAGAAGGCGUGCUGGCUUCGACAGCUCCGGAAAUGGGGCGAUAUGGAUGUUUGUCCUUUAGAAGAUGGGAAUUAUGGCAAUGAACUUCCCAAUAUCACUAGUGCGCUUACUCAGAGCUCCAGUCAUCGGCAAGACUCCUUGGCAAGGCCGAGGCGCACUGUGUUCACUCGUGCCAUAGAAGGCUGUGACCUGCACUGGCAGGAUAGUCACCUCCAGCGGAUAAUCAGCAGUGACUUCUACCUCUCUCCUUCUUACCAAAGGGAGGGUGAAGGCCUUCUCUUCAACUCACAAGGACAGCCAUUAUGGCUGGAACAUGUCCCUACAGCCUGUGCCCGUGUUGAUGCUCUUCGAUCUCAUGGAUACCCCAAGGAAGCACUCCGUUUGACUGUGGCUAUAAUCAACACCUUGAGAUUGCAGCAGCAGAGGCAGCUUGAGAUAUACAAGCAUCAAAAGAAAGAACUGCUGCAGAGAGGAUCAACCACGAUCACAAAUCUGGAAAGCUGGGUGGGGCACCCUCUCAACCCCAUUGGCUGCUUAUUUCUCACUUUGACAGAAGCGUGUCGAGUAGAUGAAAACUGUCUUGAAAUCUCAGAUGCUGGCGAUUCCAAGCCUCCAGUGUAUCAGCAUGUGCCUGUGGCCAACAGUUGCCCUGAGGGUGGAGAAUCCUACCUCUCCCUGGCUUUGGAAGUGGCACUGAUGGGGAUGGGGCAGCAGCGAGUGAUGCCAGAGGGCCUUUAUGCCCAAGACAAAGUGUGGCGGAACGAGGAGCAGAUCAUUGCCCGCCUACAAGAGCUGGAGCUGGAUGCUGUGAUGGUGCAGAUGCUACGCAAGCAGUGCAUCCUGCUCCUGGAAGGUGGCCCCUUCAGCGGCCUUGGGGAGGUGAUCCACCGUGAGAGUGUGCCGAUGCACACCUUUGCCAAGUACUUGUUUUCUGCCUUGCUGCCGCAUGAUGCUGAUCUGGCGUACAAGCUGGCCCUACGCUCCAUGAGGCUGCCAGUUUUAGAGACGACUCCUUCAGGUGAUGUCACACACCCCCACCAUAUUGUUUCAGUGGUACCUAGCAGGUACCCACGCUGGUUUACUCUAGGACACUUGGAAUCGCAACAGUGUGAACUUGCUUCUACUAUGCUGACAGCAGCCAAAGGAGACAUGCUGCGUCUGCGCACUGUUCUGGAAGCAAUUCAAAAGAACAUCCAUUCUUCUUCCCUGAUCUUCAAGCUGGCCCAAGAUGCCUUCAAGAUUGCCACUCCUGCUGACAACACUUCUGACACUACCCUGCUUAAUGUAGCACUGGAGCUAGGGCUGCAGGUGAUGCGCAUGACUUUAUCUACUCUGAACUGGAGACGGAGGGAGAUGGUGCGAUGGCUGGUGACCUGUGCUACGGAAGUGGGUGUACGAGCCUUAGUCAGCAUCUUGCAGAGCUGGUAUACCCUCUUCACUCCCACUGAAGCUACCAGCAUAGUAGCAGCGACUGUGAUGUCCCACAAUACCAUAUUGCGCCUCAGCCUGGACUAUCCACAGCGAGAAGAGCUGGCCAGUUGUGCCCGCACUUUGGCCCUGCAGUGUGCCAUGAAGGACCCCCAGAACUGUGCCCUCUCAGCCUUGACUCUGUGCGAGAAGGAUCACAUUGCCUUUGAGACUGCUUACCAAAUUGUUAUAGAUGCUGCUUCCACAGGCAUGACGUACUCGCAGCUCUUCACCAUUGCACGGUACAUGGAGCAUCGUGGCUACCCACUACGGGCCUUCAAGUUGGCAUCCCUUGCCAUGACCCACCUCAAUCUUGCCUAUAAUCAGGACACGCACCCUGCCAUCAAUGAUGUGCUCUGGGCCUGUGCACUCAGCCACUCCCUAGGAAAGAAUGAGCUGGCAGCCAUCAUUCCGUUAGUGGUGAAGAGUGUGCACUGUGCUACAGUGCUGUCUGACAUUCUGCGGCGCUGUACCAUGACUGCACCAGGCCUCGCUGGCAUUCCCGGCCGCAGGAACUCUGGGAAACUGAUGUCAACCGACAAAGCACCUUUGCGCCAACUACUGGAUGCUACAAUAAGUGCUUACAUCAACACCACACACUCCCGGCUCACCCACAUCAGUCCCCGGCAUUAUGGGGAGUUCAUAGAGUUUCUCAGCAAAGCCCGGGAGACUUUCUUGCUGGCCCAGGAUGGCCACAUUCAGUUUGCGCAAUUUAUAGACAACCUCAAGCAGAUCUACAAGGGCAAGAAGAAGCUCAUGUUGCUGGUGAGGGAGCGAUUUGGAUGAGCUUCUUCAUGAGGAAAAGAAGAAACCCUGAUCACUGUUGGUGGAAAAGUGCUUACUGGGCAAGACUGACUGUAUUUUCCAUCUGGCAAGAAUUCCAGAUUCUUCGAGGAACGUAAACCAAAAGUCAGCAUGGCAGGAAUGGUUUGCUUCCCACCCACCACUCGCUCACAAACACCUGGGCAAUACCAAAAGCUAACGAGGAAAUAGAAUACCUCUUUUCCAAAGGGCAUGGCAGAUUGAGGCUGAAAAGCAAACAAAAACAAAAAACCACAGAGGAGAUGCCGAAGCAUUUUGCUCAGCCUCUUGAGUUGCCACUGGUGCUCUGAGCUGGUGGCCUUGCAAGACGUACAUCCUUCCAAGACUGGCAAAUUUCACCUCUUUUUUGUGUGUGUGAGAAGAUUCUUAAUUAAAACCUAAAGUUAACUAUUCUCAGGGAUUGCUUUACUAAAAGUAACAGAAGCAUUUAUGAUACUGUAAAUAUAAUAGUAUAUGUGUCGAUUAUUAAAUUGUAAAGUUCUAAUUAUUUAUAAUUAUUCUCUCUUCGUUUGGGGAAUACUUGAAACUUGUCAUGGGCUGGGAUUAUUAUUAUUUUUGGUUGAAACAUUUCUGAAUAUGAGAAACAUGAACAUUUCUCAGGUUUUUCCCUGUUGGUGAAGAGUGUGAGUGGUAUGUGGCAAGUGGAGACAAAUGCCCAGCCUAUGCACCAAGACAUGGCAGCCUUGGAAGAGAGGAGACCAAGACGGCGGCAGCAGAACCAGAUGCACCUCAGCAUUUCAAGGCUAUCAGGGUGUGGACUUGGCCUACUGCCUGUCAGCUGUGGCAUUCUUCCUGCCUCUGCUGGUUUAUACUGUGGUUCCAAAUAUGGAAUACAAAGACCCUGGGAAGUCAGAAACCUGGCUGCGAAGUAGUUGAGCCCAUAGUGUAAAUAACCUAUUUUUGGCCUUUCUCCAUGUGUGUAUGGAUCGAUGUGUGCAAGAGUCGCAUACUUCUGUGAACAGGCACAUGGGAAGGUUUCUGUCUUUCCUUCUGGGCAAAUGGGGAGCAGGAAUCAGUUUCCUCUCAUUGUUUAGGUGUCUUUGUUUUCAAAUCCAUUUCUAAAUGGCUGCCCUUGAUGGCACUUGGUGAGGCUGGUGCCUUUGUGAAGACAGCGUGUCAUACUGUUGUUUUCCGCAUCUCUGACCACCAUUCAGUUGUUCAUCUUAAUUUGAAGCUGUCUGACAAUGAAGGGAAGGGGGUGGGUUGGGAGCAAAAAACAGCUCUUCCUUAUUCCAAGUGUCUUUGUGUUCCCCUAUUCCAGUGCGUUCUAGUUUUUAAGAGUCAGGGGCAGGGGUUGGGAUGGGGGUAGUUUAGAAAAUGUGGAUUAUUUACCUACUGUUUUGAGUCCCAUUUUGUUUUCAAUAAAUCCUUUUAAAAAGGAAGGAAAAAAGUGGACCCAGGGGCAGGCAAACUCUCAGUAUUUGUUGCCACAAAAGUAUCAUUCUCCAUAUCUGGCUCCUUUUAUUUUGUGUGUACAACUUCUUGACCCGAUGCUAAUAAAAAGGAAGCAGAAGUUUAUACCACCUCUGUAUCACUCCAGCCAUUUUUAUAUCAUUCAUGUUGCAUUGCCAAAGAAAAUA